GAGUGUUGGAGUGGACAUGAUUGAAUUUAGAGGGCGCGUUCACACAACGUCAGAGUUGCCUAUGCUUUAGCUGAAAAGAGGCGGAACUACGUCAGGCGAGUCGCUGCUUGAUGAUGUAAUUGUGCUGCGCCGAAAUAACAGCGUGACUUUGACAGCGUGGUAAUUAAGGACAUUUGAAGGGACCUCCGUACAAUGCAUCACUAGCCAGAAAGAAAUUCCAAAUUCUCCAGUUUUGUGCUUAAUAAAUCUCAAUUUGCCACAUCCAUGGCUGCAAUGGGCAAGGGCUUGCUAGCUCUAAACACUACUUUCAGAUUUAUACAUCACAGUGUUUAUAGAAGCUUUCUUCCAGCUGCUUGCAGUUUACAUACAUCUGCAGGCCUGGAGAAUUCCAACAGAACCUCCAUAGUGCGCUGUGGUAGACAGACCUAUAGUAGGACCUAUCCAGUGUUACUGGUUCAAACUGACGGCUCUACCAUACAGAUCCAGUACAAGGAGCCACGCAGGAUCCUAACUAUGCCAAUUGAUAUCACCACGCUAUCUGAAGAAGAUAGGAGAGCCAGGCUGCGCAAGCGAGACCAGAGCAAGAAGGUCAAAGCUAAACGAGCUGAGGAAGAAUAUGUUGAUGAAUUUAAUGUAGACGACUAUAAAAAAUUUUGGAAGAAAAAAUGAUUCUCUGUACUUAAACAAAAAAACAAAACAAAGCAAAACACUGUACAUAAGGGUAAAGGGGCAAAUAAACUAUUUCAUUAUUAAUAAAUACGUUUGGCGGUUC